UGGAGCCUUGUAUUGACGACUGUGGUGGUCUGUUGUUUGGUCUUUUUAUUCUGUUUGUAAGCAGAAGAAAUGCAAGAGAAUUCCAGAAAAUGCAAGAGGAUUCCAGAUUUUGCAAGCAGAAGAAAUUGUGGAGUGAGAAAGCGCAGAAGACAUACGAACAGGGAAUUAAAGAGGAAAAUAAAGGCUAUGAUUGAGCGACUGAGGGCGGAGAUGGUGGAGAUUGGGGAGGAACAACAAUGCAUAAAAGAGGGGCAAAGACAAGUGAGCGAAAAGUACGAGAAGAUUGAGGCAGAACGAGAGCAACUCAAGAGAGAAACAGAGAUCAUUGCCAAGCAGAGUGCAAGCAUUCAAUUGCGCUUAAAUUUGAUGUUCAGAAUCGUGAAAGCAAGAGGUCAAAACGAUUCGGUUUUAACUGAUCAACUUACUCAGUCACUACGUGAUUUAUUAGCUAAGGAGAAUGAGCAGAUGCGGUGACGAAUAAUUAUUAAUAUCACGCACGAGAAGAAUGAAUAAAUAAUCUGCACUACUUUUCACUUCAAAUUUAAUUUUUAAUAUUACGCACGAGAAGAAUGAAUAAAUAAUUUGUUCUCUCUUCAAAUUAAGAAGCUAUUGUGCUUUCUGGACCCUGUGUGGAUUCCUAUCUACUUGCACGUGUGAGAUUGAAAUUUAAAUAAUAAUAAUCAUCUUAUGUUAUUUAAACUAUA